GGGUCUAGAGACAUUAACCAGAAAGUAAGCUCAGAAACCCCAAUGAAACUGAUAAAAUACAUACUGGCCUUCAGCCUGUGCACUCUGUUAUUUGUGGACCAAACCAGGGCCCAAAAUACAAAGUGGGAUUCUUGGUUGAAGUGCAACAAGGUUGGCACUAAAGCGCUCGCCAGUCUCCUCAGAGAAUCCGUCCCAGCUGUUCGCACUUUGCUAAACUGCCUCGAAUUCAGCCCACCACCGAAUAUUGGGACUGGAUAUCUCUCCAAAAUGAAGUUAUACUACGAGCUUUUGAAACGGGGUGCGUUCGAGAGGUCCAAAUGCUUGAUUGUGCCUCUUCGGGAAUCUGUUAAAAUUCUAGGGCCCUAUGUUAAAUCUCUCGACACCUACAAUUGUUUGGCUGACUAGAUCACCGUUUUACCUAUAGUAAAAACAGGAAACAAUCAACGGAUUUUUACCUUCAGAGUUUUUGAAUAAAUUAAAAAUAUUCUAGUAUCUUCGAAUGAUGUUAUAAUAUUUAAUAUUUGUCUGUAGUGCCUUAUACCAAAAGAUUCAGAUGACUGUAAGAUUAGUGAACUAUAUUCGAAGAUUAAAGAAAUGAAAUAAU